AAUUGUAAUCUCGACUGUCCUAAGGUUAUUCAUUAACGAGAGAUAAUUGUCUAGACAAACUAUUAUCCGGCAAGGUUUUUAUAUCUAGUCGCGCGCUCUCUCUUUUCAAAAGCAAGCGGUAGACGUGUGAUAUUGAGUUAGAGAGUGUUCUAUUCUCAGUAGCAGUAAUAAUUCAAGGAGCAUUUAUUCAAUCAGUCUACUAAAUGGGUAAGAGCUCAGUCUUUGACCACAAAUAGAGGAGUCAACAUUCAUUGAUAAUAAAAAAAUGUCAUGGAUACGGUUUAUUUUUGUCUCCUGCUUUAUUUUUUACGAUAAAGUCCAUGAAGUAACAGGCAAAACAGGUAUCGGUCCAGGCGACCAAGAAUGGGGGUAUGUCAAUGUUCGACCAGGUGCUCAUAUGUUUUGGUGGCUGCAUUACGUAAGUCCGCCGCACCCGAACAAAUUGAGUAAUUUUGAUGUCUACAGUAAGCCAUUGUUGGUCUGGUUAGAAGGAGGUCCAGGUGGCUCUGGGACUGGUGCAGGAAACUUUCUUGAAGUAGGACCAGUUGAUUUGAAUCUUAAAAGACGUAAUCACACAUUAGUCAAUUACUACAAUGUCUUGUUUAUUGACAAUCCAGUUGGUACAGGCUUCAGUUACGUGGAAAAUGAAUCAGCUUACGCUAGAAAAAAUAGACAAAUAGCUGAUGAUCUACUGGAAUGUAUAAAAAAAUUUAUUGAAGUAUUUCCAGAAUUUAAAGAUGUUCCGACUUAUAUCGUCGGAGAAUCUUAUGGCCCGAAAAUGGGAGUAGAGUUGGCUUCCAUUUGGUACAAACAACAAUAUGAUGGAAGUGUUACCAGUAAUUUAAAGGGUCUUGUUUUGGGCUCUCCAUUAAUUUCGCCAAUAGAUUCGGCUCUUUCUUGGGCGCCAUCUCUACUAUAUGCGGGUAUUUUGGACACUACUGACUUUCAAAGAGUUGAAUCAGAGGUUGAAAAAAUGGAACAAGCGGUAAAAGCAGAAAAGUGGAGAGAAGCUAUGGAUGUUUGGCAGGCGACGACGAAUAGUAUUGGUAAACUUAGUGAUAACGCUACUAUCUUUAACAUACUUACUUUAGGAAGUUCACACGAGGGAGUGCAAAAUUAUACGUCUUGUUUUCCAAGGCCGCCAGUGGAAUCGUCAAAAAAUCUGUCGGAGUUUAUGAAUGAAAAUGUCAAACAAACUUUAGGCCUUUAUUCACAUUGGGUGAAGUCAAACAAAGUCUAUGAAAAUCUUUACGAAGAUUUGCUGAAACCUGUUGUCAAUAUUGUUGAAGAAUUGCUGAACGAAACGGAUCUGAAAAUUUCUAUUUAUGCUGGUCAACUAGAUGCGCUAAUUUCCUUACCUAGUACGAUUAAGUGGGUGGAAAAAUUGAAGUGGAAACACAGCAGUGCCUGGAAAAAUGCUCCAAGAUCUGCGUUUGCUGUUAAUAAUAUUGUCGAUGGAUACGUGAAGGCAUACGGAAAUUUGAAAAUGUACUGGGUCAGCAGGGCGGGACAUUCGGUGGCGACACAGAAUCCCUAUGCACUCAAUGCAAUACUUCAAGAUAUAACGGCUCUUAAAUGCGAACUUUAACUUUAGUUCAGUUUCUUCUUUACAAGUAAUUAAAGAAAAAAAUUUAUAGUAGCAAUUAAUUGUGAUAUUAUUGGAUUUGUAUAAUCAUUGUUGGUUUUCUUGUGAUUUUAAGCGAUAAUAGAAUUUUUUAGAAAUUAUAUUUAUAAAAGCUGAUUUUCUAAGUACUGUAAUACGAAUACAAAAUAAACCACUUGACGUAAAUCUACAGCCGUAAUAGAAAUGAAAGUUGAAUCAGAAAGUCGUCUUCAAGUUGAGGAAAAAAAACUUGAGAAGCAAAAGUUCAUUUCAAUCUGACAGAAAAUUGCGAGAAAAAAUUUGGACGAGAAAAAUUUAACUUCUAAAUUGACUGCAAGUUGUUGCAGUAAACUUGACAUCU